AUGGCUCAGUCUCUUGAUGUUGGUGUUCCAUGGAUAAUGUGUCAACAAAAUGAUGCUCCUCAGCCUAUGUUGAACACAUGUAAUGGCUUUUACUGUGACAAUUUUGUACCAAACAAUCCCAACACUCCUAAGAUGUUGACUGAGAAUUGGACCGGAUGGUUUAAGCAAUGGGGUGGAAAAAAUCCUCAUAGAACAACUGAAGAUGUCGCAUUUUCUUUUGCAAGAUUCUUCCAAAGAGGAGGAACUUUUAAUAAUUAUUAUAUGUCCCAUGGAGGCACCAGCUUUGACAGAACCGCAUGUGGUCCAUACAUCACAACUUCAUAUGAUUAUGAUGUUCCGCUUGACGAAUAUGAUGCAACAAUUAGUUUCCAAGGAGAAUAUUACGUUGUCCCGGCUUGGUCUGUUACCAUUUUACUGGAUUGCAAAAAUGAGGCUUAUAACACCGCCGAGAUUACCACUCAGACUUCAAUGAUGGUUAAGAAACCAAAUGAAGCUGAGAAUACCCUUUCAACUCUGAAAUGGUCAUGGAGACCAGAGAACAUGGACAAUUUCCUUUUGAAAGGAAAAGGAGAAUCUACACAGACACAACUAUUUGAUCAGAAAGUAGUAACCAAUGAUCAAAGUGAUUAUCUAUGGUAUAUGACUACCGUUAAGUUUAAAAAACGAGAUCCAUUUUUGGGUAAAAGCAUGUCUCUUCGCGUCAACAGUAAUCAACACGCUGAGAAUGAAAAAUUUAACUAUGUAUUUGAGAAAGAUGUGAAGUUUAAGUCUGGUCGUAAUGUGAUUGCUCUUCUUAGCAUAACUGUGGGACUUGCGAAUUAUGGUGCUUUCUUUGAAAGUAAGCCGGCUGGAAUCACUGGACCCAUUUUUAUUACUGGAAUAAAUGGUGAUGAAACUAUAGUUAAAGACUUGUCUGCUCAUAAAUGGAGCUAUAAAACUGGUUUAAAUGGGUUUGAGAACCAACUCUUUAGAACAAAAUCAAUGUUUAAAUGGUCAGUUGAAAGUGUACCGUUUAACCGAACCAUGACUUGGUAUAAGGAUACAUUCAAUUCUCCCCUUGGAAAUGAUCCAGUUGUUGUCGAUCAUAUGGGACUCGGGAAAGGUACAGCUUGGGUCAAUGGAAACAACAUUGGACGUUAUUGGCCGGCAUUCAUUUCAAGCGAAAAUGGUUGUGAUGCAAAAUGUAAUUAUAGAGGUGCUUAUCAUGCUGAAAAAUGUCUCACCAAUUGUGGAGAACCCACACAAAGAUGGUACUAUGUCCCUCGUUCUUUCUUGAAUGCAGAAGGAGAUAACACACUAGUUUUGUUUGAGGAAAUGGGAGGAAACCCAUCGCUUGUCAGUUUCCAAACUACUAGAGUGGGAAGUGUAUGUGCUAACGUCUACGAGAAAACAAUUAUUGAGCUUUUAUGCGAUAGAAAACCCAUUUCUGCCAUCAAAUUUGCAUCCUUUGGUAAUCCAGAUGGCAAUUGUGGAUCUUUUGAAAAAGGAACUUGUGAAUCAAGUAACAACGCGGUUGAUAUUCUCGCACAAGAAUGCAUUGGAAAAGAGAAAUGUUCGAUUGAAGUCUCUAAGGAAAAAUUUGGAGCACCAGAUUGCAGUGGUGCUACUAGAAAGCUUGCUGUCGAAGUUAUAUGCUAA